AGCAGCCAGCGGAGCUCGGGGACGGAGGCAGCGAUCCCUGCAGCGGGCACCGGCGCUCGGGCAGCCGCGAUGGGGAGUCGGUGCCCGGCUCCGCAGGGGCGCUGUGCGGGGCGCGCUGCGGGGCUGUGACCGCGCAGCGGAGCCGGACGGCUGAUUAAGGAGCACACACUGAAAAGGAGACCGAGCCAACCUUCACCUCCGUCCCCACGGCCUCGGGGAGUUGUUAGCGAUGGGGUGCCUGGAAAGGUCAACCCAGCUGCUGCUGCAGCUGCUGCUACUUGGGGGCCUGAGGCCAGGGCAGGGCUCUACUGUGCUGGGCACCCUGGAUUUACAGAUAGAUGAGGAGCAGCCAGCUGGCACCAUCAUCGGGGACAUCAGUGCUGGACUGCCCCCCAGCACCACUGCCUACAUGUACUUCAUCUCCGCGCAGGAGGGCAGCGGUGUCACCACGGACCUGGAGAUAGAUGAGAACACAGGCAUCAUCAAAACAGCCCGUGUGCUGGACCGAGAGAGCCGGGACCGCUACAGCUUCAUUGCUGUCACCCCUGAGGGCAUCACAGUGGAAGUGAAUGUCCAGGUGAAUGACAUCAAUGACCAUGCACCAGUAUUCCCCAAGCACCACCACACCUUUCAAAUCCCAGAGCACACCCACAUUGGCAGCAGGUUCCCCCUGGACCCAGCCUUCGAUGCUGACAGUGGCCUGCUGAACACCCAGGGUUAUGUGCUCAAAGGGGAGAAUGUGGGCCAAGCCUUCCGCCUGGAGACACGCAGGGGCCCCAAUGGGGUCCUGUACUUGAACCUGGUGGUCAGCAACGUCCUGGACCGGGAGAACUGCUCAUCGUACUCCCUGCUGCUGGAGGCCUAUGAUGGCGGCUCCCCUCCCCGGAGCACUCAGAUGACUUUGGAUGUGGCCAUACAGGACAUCAACGACAAUGCACCUGCCUUCAACCAGAGCCGCUACCACACCCUCAUCUCCGAGAACCUGAAACCAGGCAGCAGCAUCCUGCAGGUCUUUGCCUCCGAUGCAGAUGAGGGUGACAACGGGGCUGUGGUGUAUGAGAUCAACCGUCGGCAGAGUGACCCUGAUCAGUACUUCACCAUUGACUCCAGGACGGGUGUCAUCAAGCUCAACAAGGGGCUGGACUAUGAGAUGAGGAAGGUGCAUGAGCUGGUGGUGCAGGCACGGGACAAGGCCAUGCACCCAGAGGUCACCACAGCCUUUGUCACCAUCCACGUGCGCGACUACAAUGACAACCAGCCCACCAUGACCAUCAUCUUCCUGAGCGAGGAUGGCUCACCACAGAUCUCCGAGGGUGCCCAGCCUGGCCAGUAUGUGGCACGCAUCUCUGUCUCGGACCCCGACUAUGGUGAGUACUCCAAUGUCAAUGUCUCCCUGGAGGGGGGAGACGGCAAAUUUGCCCUCACCACCAAGGACAAUAUCAUCUACUUGAUCUGUGUGGACCAGCUGCUGGAUCGGGAGGAGAGAGACUCCUAUGACCUGCGGGUGACGGCCACUGACUCAGGGACCCCUCCGCUGCGGGCAGAGUCGGCCUUUGUGCUGAAGGUGAUGGAUGUCAAUGACAACCCACCACUCUUUGACCAGCAGGAAUACAAGCAGAGCAUCCCCGAGGUGGUGUACCCAGGCAGCUUUGUCCUGCAGGUGACAGCCCGUGACAAGGACCAAGGUCCCAAUGGGGAGGUACGGUACAGCAUCCUACACAGCCAGGACACCCACUCCAACUGGUUCACCAUCGACCCAGCCACAGGCAUCAUCACCACCGCUGCCUCCCUGGAUUAUGAGAAGGACCCCCAGCCCCAGCUGACAGUGCUGGCCAUGGACAGAGGGACACCUGUCCUCUCCUCCACGGCCGUGGUGCAUGUGGCCCUACAGGACGUCAACGAUAAUGAGCCUGUGUUCAGGAGCAACUUCUACAAUGUAUCCCUGAAGGAGAACACACCCGCUGGGACCUGCUUCCUACAG